UUUUAAUGUUUUUAUUUUAUUUUAUGUGAAAACUCAAAAGCCAUUAAAUUGAAACCAAUAUACAUAUACUAUCUAUGAUGAAAUAUCCUAAAGAUUCAAAAUGCUUUCAAUCUCCAUGGGCCAUAACAAAACUAGUUCCUUUAAUUUUCCUCUUAAUCCUUAUGUCCUACCUCUUCUACACCAUUGGUUUCCUUAUUUUUAAGAAUUCACAUGAAUGUGACAAAAAGCCUUACACAAUUUCUUUAAUUAAAAACCUAUUUGAACAAACACCAAAAUUACCCUUUGAAGAAAAAACCAACAUUUCUCACAUAGUGUUUGGAAUAGGAGCCUCAUCUAAAUUAUGGAAGCAUAGAAAAGAGUACAUUAAAUUAUGGUGGAGGAAUAAUGAAACAAGGGGAAUUGUAUGGUUAGACAAAGAAGUGAAAAUUGAGCCUAGUGAAGAAAAUCUUGUUCCAACAUUGAAGAUAUCAAGUGACACAUCAAAAUUCAAGUACGAAAACACACAUGGAGAUAGGUCAGGGAUUAGAAUAUCUAGGAUUGUGUCGGAGACAGUGAGACUUGGGAUGGAAAAUGUGAGGUGGAUUGUUAUGGGAGAUGAUGACACAUUUUUUGUGAUUGAUAAUUUGGUGAAGGUGUUGCAAAAAUAUGAUCAUAAUCAAUUUUAUUAUAUAGGGGCAGUUUCGGAAAGUCACUAUCAGAAUAUUUAUUUUUCUUAUAAUAUGGCUUAUGGUGGUGGUGGAUUUGCUAUUAGUUACCCUUUGGCUGUUGAAUUGGAGAAGAUGCAAGAUAGGUGUAUUCAAAGGUAUCCUAAAUUGUAUGGGUCAGAUGAUAGGGUUCAAGCUUGUAUGGCUGAGCUUGGUGUUCCUCUCACCCUAGAGAAAGGCUUUCAUCAGUUUGAUGUUUAUGGCAGUGUGUUUGGACUCCUAGCAGCCCAUCGAGUUACACCACUAGUGUCCCUACAUCACUUGGACCUAAUUGAGCCCAUAUUUCCAAAUAUGAGCCAGGUCCAGGCCUUACAGAAAUUCAAAGACCCAAUAAAAAUGGACUCAUAUGGGCUUAUGCAACAAUCCAUUUGCUAUGAUGAAAACCAUCAAUGGACCGUAUCCGUUUCUUGGGGCUAUGCAGUUCAAAUAUUUCGAGGCAUUUUCUCGGCCCGAGAUAUGGAAAGGCCUGCGAGAACUUUCUUGAAUUGGUAUCGUGAAGCUAAUUAUAAAGGAUAUCCAUUCAACACGCGCUCUUUUAGCCGCAACGAUUGCCAAAAACCCUUUAUUUUCCAUUUGUCUAAUGCAACCUAUGAUGUUAUGACUAAUGAAACCGUGACAAGGUAUAUUAAGAUCCAACCUAAACCUAAUCCCAAAUGCAAGUGGAAAAUGGAGGAUCCUGCUCAAAUUCAAAUGGUGGAAGUUUACAAAAAACCCGACCCAUAUUUGUGGGAUAAGUCUCCAAGAAGAAAUUGUUGCAGGGUUCAAUCAAAAAAAGAGGAUGGAACUCUGGUGAUAGACGUAGGGAAAUGUAGAGAACAUGAAGUUGUUGAGUUGUAGUUAAGGCCAUUCAUUGGCAAGGAUAAAUCAUUUUUGUUUUAGACCUGAGGUGCCAUAAAAAUGUACUAACAAUUAAUAAUUUAAUUUUAAUAUACUAUCAAUUUAAAUUGUUUCAUAGUAUCAAUUGUUAGUGUUUGAUCCUCACACAUCACUCGUGUUUAUUACUCUUUAAUUUGGAUCAAUGAACCUUAAUUUAGAUACUAAUUGUUAGUGUUUUAACAUUGUUGCUUGUAGUGUAAA